AUGCGUGAAUCAGCAAAAGCACCAGUUCGUGGUAAAACGUCACCUUAUGGAUUUUUUGUUAAAAUGUGUUAUGAGGAACAUAAAAAGAAAUACCCAAAUGAAAAUGUUCAAGUACCCGAAAUAAGCCGAAAAUGUUCAGAAAAAUGGAAGACAAUGUCGGACGAUGAAAAACGAAGAUUUUUUGAAUUGGCGCAAAAAGAUGCAGAACGUUAUCAAGCAGAAGUCGCUGCAUAUGGUGGUGAAGACGCAAUACGUAAACGUAAACGAGUUAAGAAGGAUCCAAAUGCACCAAAAAGAGCUUUGUCUGCUUUCUUUUUCUUUUCACAAGAAAAACGACCAGAAGUUCAGCAAGAACAUCGGGAUUGGAAGGUUGGGCAAGUAGCUCAAGAGCUUGGACGAUACUGGAAAUCAUUAAGUGAAGAGGAGCGUGCUAUAUAUGAACGUAAAGCGCAAGAAGAUAAAGAAAGAUACGCAGAAGAAAUGCGCAAUUAUAAAGGUGGCGCAAAAAUCGUAACUACUGAAGGAAUAAUAAAUAAUGGUAUGAUGGGAAUGGCUGGUCAUGAAGACGUAGUCGAAGAGGAUGAAGUAGACGAUGAAGUGAAAAUGCGCCUUUAA